AUGAAGGAUUAUCACUCGCUCAAAACACUUCUGCGCGUUACCGCCAUGGUCCAGAAAGCUGUGAAAGAAUUCAAGGGAGAACGGCCGGAUAUUGACAUCGACGCCAAUGCGAUGAAUGAGGCCGAACUGUUAUGGAUAAAGACUGUACAAACCAGAGAAUUUAAGCAGGAAAUCCACGCCUUAAACAAACCCUCCGCCAAACGGGCUCCACUGGUACAACAACUUCAAUUAUUCCUUGACGCUGGGAGCUACUUACGACUCAACGGUAGAUUAAACAACGCGCCAAUCAGAGAAGAAACGAAAUUCCCACUUCUACUCCCGAGAAAACACCACUUCACGGACCUCAUGGUACGACACGCCCACUGGACGUGUCUUCAUACAGGGACACAAGGAACUGUUACCCAUCCCAGACAACGAUACUGGAUUCCGCGAAUUCGCGAAGUCGUGUUCUCGAUCGUCCGCAAAUGUGUCGCCUGCAAGCGUGUUACCGGUAAACCAUACAAGAAACCUGUAUCACCCCCACUACAAGCGUUCAGACUACAAGAAGCAAAUCCAUUUCAGGUUUGUGGAUGCAACUUUACAGGCGCCCUCUAUGUCCUACUGAAAGGGAAGAGCGAUGAAAUCAAAGUCUAUGUGUGUUUGUUUACUUGCGCAGUGACUCGAGCAAUCCACCUCGAACUCGUACCCGAUAUGACAACGGCAUCUUUUCUGAACGCGUUUCGAAGAUUUACUGCCCGUCGUUCCGUACCUUCUCAGAUGAUAUCAGAUAACGCAACCACAUUCGAAUCUGCCGCAUCAGAGUUGAAAAAAUUAAAGGAUUCGCUUGAAGUCAAGACAUACAUGGCUAACCACCGCAUUACCUGGACAUUCAAUCCCAAGAGAGCUCCUGGUGGGGAGGCUUCUUUGAGCGCGCAAUCGGACUUGCGAAGACAACAAUUAAAAAGGUGUUAG